AUGCAAUCUAUCCGCUACUGUGACUUGAAAGAGAAAGAAUAUGUUGUUGUGGAGCUGAGGAAUAUGUUGUUAUUGGAAAUGGCUCAUGUUGAGUUCUUGAACAGAGAAGUUUCAUCCAUAGAGGCUGAGAGCCAAAUGCUUGAAAAUUUGGUAGUAGAAUAUUUGGGAGUUUUGGAGCAACUCGAGUAUUGGAAAUCAGAAAAUGGAUUUCUUCAGAGAAAGGUAAAAAAGCUUUUGAGGAAAGGAAGAUGGCAAUCUCAAACAAUAAGAGAACAAGAUUUGAAGCUUGAAGCUAGGGAAGCAGAAGUUUUGAGAAUAUAUGAUGCACUAGAAACAAGGACAAAGGUUAUCAAGAAACUAGACUCCCCAAGAGGAACUCAAACGUCUUACCAUGUCAAUGCUCAUUGCCCUCCUUAG